AUGCGCAAAAAAGUACUAGUAGGCAAGUCCUCACCUCAUCCUCACGUGCAGGUGAAUAACUACGGGCGAAUUAAUUCGCCCGGCGAUGACAUCCGUGUAGCCAUGGCGAAGAACGCGAGCAAGGCGGGAAGUCCUACCGCCGCCUCUGGUGCGAGCUGUGACGAGGACGAUGCAGACGAAGCGAACGCCGACGACGCCGAGCUAGAUUGGCCGGAGAACGGCCACAACGACAGCGCUUCAGGCGACGAAUUAGGUCCUUCUGACAUCGAGGAGGACGACUGGUGGAAUCGGCCGGACGGGAGCGACGACGAAAAGGAAGAGUGGAGGGCUGGUGAUUCCGACAACGACGGAGGUGAAAAUGCGCAUGGUGACAACGCAGAGGCAGCGGCGGAUGCACAGGAAGCGGCGGUGGAUGCGAAUGAGAGGGCUGACGACGAGGGGGGGGCAGAAAUUGAGACUGUUGCGCCUGUAGAUGCGGCCGCAAUUGCGGAUGCGGAUGCUGUGGCGGAGUCUGACAAGGUUGUUGCGGAUGGCGUCUUAUUUGACGAGGAAGGCAGCGACGACGACCCAUGGAGCCUUGGAAACAACGACGACGUUCCACUACUGAAGCGGAGGCUACGCCAUCGCCUACAGUCCAAGUCGAAGCGGGCCCACGUGAUGCUCUCUGACGACGACUGUCCGAGGGAGGAGUGUCGCCCGAUACUCACCGCUGCGGAGAAGGGAAAGCCAAGGAAUCGUGGUCCAAGCACAGGACAACGGGUGGAUGGACAAGAGCGCUGUGCAGACCUAGCUAUCCAAGGAGGUGUUGCCCCAUCUGAACCCCCAGCGCGGCCAGAACGCAAGGCGGGCGGUGCUGGUCCUCCGCACCCCGUGGUGCUGCAGUGGAUCGCGGAGGCUUGGGAUCAAGUCCCCAAGCAGAUCAUCAUCGACGCGUUCCGCCACUGUGGGAUCUCAAGCAAGCUGGACAGAACGGAGAACCACCUGGAGGAGGAGGAGGAGGAGGAGGAGGAGGAGGAGGAGGAGGAGGAGGAGGAGGAGGAGGAGGAGGAGGAGGAGGAGGAGGAGGAGGAGGAGGAUGAGGAGGAGGAGGAGGAGGCGAUGCGUGCGGAGGGCGUGCGGGAGGUGGCCGUGGCAACCGGCCUGGAGGUGCUGUACCAGGAGACCCCCAACUACCGCGGAGCGGCGGCCGAGGCUGACGGCAUGAUUGAGCCUAGGGAGACGGCUAGGCAUGUCUGGCGAGUGCUGGACCUGGGUGUAGAGCCUGUUGUUAGUGCAGGUGAGGAGGCGGUGACUGAGGGGGGCUAG